GUGCGAAGUCGGCAAAAUUCAGUAACAAUUGUAACUGCAAGACGUUUGUACGUGAGACGAAUGCGAUGUUGAAUCAACAGAAUUAUGGUGGAAAAUGUAAACGUGCGGUGGUCACAUAUUAUAUACGAACUUACGUGCAUUUUCAUUUAAACGUUACUCAUCGAGUGUUAGAACCUAACGCGACCUAAUAAUUUUAUUCUGUGUUCAUUAACAAUAAAUAUUUAGUUGAAAACUGUUAGCAAUACAGUAAAAGUGAUACGGUAACAUAUGGCGAACCAAUGGCGAGUGAUGAGUGAAUACUACAAAGAGCAGCAUCCAUUAUUAUGUGAGGAGAUCUCGGAUGAGGAGUACUACAGUCCUCGAUACCACCGAAAUAUACGUAACUCCAAUUACAGAGGACGCCCCAGACACAGCCUGAACGGAGCUGCUUCAAUCAUAACCCGGUGGCCAGACCAUUGGUCGUCUUUUCUCGCAUACUGGUGGAUAGGUCUCGGAAUGAUUAGUCUUACAACUUUUAUAAUUUACAAUAGUCUGUUUGCGUUUUCCAUGAUACCGACUGCUAACACGAAACCUUCUAGUCUUAUAUUAGGCAAAAGUAUUGAAAAAUCAGCCAGAAGCACCUCCUCCUUAUUGCCUGAUGUGUUCAUGCAUGUUUUUGUCAAACAUAAUGAAGAAAUAAACUUAAAUCAAUACGUUCCUUACAUAGAAGAACUUGCAAGUAAAUACCCGAAUCUAAAAUAUCAUUUGGUUGUCGUGGUUAAUGAUACCAACCUAAGUUGGUUGAGUGCCGAAGAAAAUAACGAAUUAGCACUUAACUCGCUAUGGAAGAAGGAACAGAAAAAAGAGCCUUCCAAAGCUAAUGUUGCCAUUGAAUACGUUACAAUGACAUCCUAUAUGCAAAAUUCGCCUUUAAGAAAACACUGGAAGACGUUACCCAAUCAACUCAUUGAAUUUUUAGCUCGCUCUGUGUCAAUCUGGGAGAAAGGAGGAAUAGCUUUCAAUCCUGUUAUUUUGACUCCUAAGUCUCAGCGUUUUAUUUAUUCUGAAAAAAUUAAUAAGUUACUUAAUAAAUAUUCAGACCGUAGUAACGUUCCCCGUGAUAUAAAAAAUAAUAAUAAACCACGGAAAACUAUAAAGAAAGAAAGAAAAUUAAAUAACAUACGUGACAUAAUACACGCCUUGGAAAAUGACGACGAAUCCGUGAAUGCGUUUUCUGAACAAACUUUAACAGAGGCUGAAAACAUCAAAUCUCAAGUUGUAACAAAAAACGACCAUUACAUAAAUGGUGAAAUAGACACUACAAUUAAAAAUGAGUCGGAAAAAGCCAGUAAAACGCUCAACGUCUAUGAAAAUUAUCCCCAUAAAAAUUCAUUCCGUAUUGACGAUGACACUAAAGAACCAAAACAUCGUAUUGGAAUGAAUAAUAGUACUGAAUCAACUGUAUCUGUAGGUGCUAGUCAGAAUACCACAAAGUUGAGUCUAUUACCUUUAUUUUUAGAGUUUAUAUUUCAUAAUAAACUUAAUACUAAACCUAGCUCAACAGAAACAACAACAUUAAACAGGACGCGCAAAAGUGUAAUAGAGAUACCUAAAUCUGGAGAUAUUAAAAGUUCAUUGUCAGCACAUUCUUUGGAUAAAAUGGAUAAAAAAAUGGAUGAUACCUACAAGCCAGUCAUCGUAUCAGCAGCAGAAAUUUAUAAUAAAUCUGAGUUUAUGAAGCCUUUCGUGGGACCUCCUGGCACUAAACUAGAUGAAAUUUUAGAGCAAAGUCGUCUUACAAUCGAUUUGAAGGGAAACAUUAUAGCAACUGAUAUACCGUGCCAUGCAUUUUUAGGCACAAUAUUUAGCAAUGCUGCACAUCAUAGCCAAGAAGAAAGUGUUACUGACUUUAUAAUUGCUGAACUAACACUAUUUUGUAAAGGACUUUUAUCUUCGUGUAUGGGUAUUGAUUUGAUUUUAAUAUAAUUGUUUUAAUUUUAGUGUCUGUUAUUUUAGGAAUUUGUAUUAUUAAAUAAUUGUAUUUAAUUUUUUUUCAUUCUAAUUCGUUUAUAGUCGGCUGUUGAAGAAAACAAUAUGAUUUGCAAAAUAAUUUAUUUCCUUGCUUGAUUCAUUUACAUUUUAACUUACUAACUAAUAAAGUCGUGAUCAAAAUAUCGUCGAAACUUUAAUCUCAACAUUUUGUUCACAAGUUUCUUAUUCUUAAUCUUAUGGCAGCAAGUAUCGUUUGUAAAAAAAAUAUUUUAAUAAAAUUAGACUAGAUGUUUUGUUAAUCAUUGAAUACAAUUUUUAAAGAGUUACAAUUUAGAGUAUCCCAAAAGUUUGUUGUAUAUUUAAUUGUAAUGUAGUCAGCGCUUAUGCUAUAAGGCGGAAUUCAGUAUUAUGACGUACUAUGGGAUUUGAACAUCUUGCUCAUUACAAUUCAUAUGAAUAUCUAUCUAAUAGGUACUUACUUUACUAAUUUAAUGUUUGCACGAAUUUACAACAUGUUAUAUCACAAAAUGAUGGGCUUAUUAUGAAAGAACCUCAUUCUAAUAAUUUUAUGACGGCGCUACAUUUCUUCGUUCUACGGGUAUCUCCCAUCGUCCUGACCAGUUAUUUUGUGAGCGUUUACAGUCUCUUACACUAUCGUCUGGUUCGCAUCUUUUACUUAUUGACCAAUAAACGUAACCUCUCGGACAACGAUAUACUAAGCCUCUUAAUACAUUUCUCUUGUCUUUUUUACAUUUUAAGAAAGCUGGAGAACAUUCACUGUCUUUUUCAAAGGAGAAGUAGCCAACGCCGGGACAUGCUUGACUUUCUUUGGUCACCACAAUC